GGCCAGUACUUGUCAUUUUGUUUGGAGCGCCAAAUCAGGAGCUCUCAGCUGAUUUACUUCCCUAGAAACGAUAAGCCUGAAACACUCAUGCUCUUUCUCUUCUUAAUUGCGGUUGUGCCUGUGCGGCGGUACGCCAGCAGCAGAAGAGUAAACAAGUUAUUUACACAGUAAACAAACUCUCAGCAAACCCAGCGUCCAGCGUUUUUGCAAUCCUUGCUGAGGACGCACAUAGUUUUUGCUGCUGUUUUUGUCCCUAACCAUGGGCAACAAAAUCUGAUACGAGUACAUGAAGGCACAUUGGCGAGCCGAAAGCGUGCGAUAACAAAAUACAGAAAUGCGCGCCACGCCAAAGCAGAACCAAACAAACAAACAGAGGAAUGUGUGAUAAGAGCAAAGUGUAUGCCGUGUAUGUUUUGCCGCCAGGACGCUACUCGGCCCCAAAGUGGUGAGCAUGCGCACCAUGGCCGGCACACAAACAUGGCUGCCAACGUGAGCCGCACACAAGAGCUGCUAAAACACCACACCGAAGCAGAAGUGGCGAGAAUGUGUAGCGCUGAAAGGUACAUGGACUAGACCACGGCGUCCGAGUUGAGCCGGUGCUCAGUUGCAGCUGAUAGCUCGAAGGACGCGCAUGGUUUGGCGGAUAAUGGAAAUAGCAGUGCAAGUCAGCCAAGUAAAGAGGCAAUUGUGAGUUGUGUGAGCCAGCAAGGGAACCUAUUGCGGUGCGGACGGUGUGACAAGAGGUGAGGAGGUGUGUGCGCGACCGCCCUUCCGGCUAGUGAGUUCGUGCGAGUGAAUGAGAGAGAGUGCGCAGGCAGUCAGUGCGGGAGACAAGUGAGAGCGCUCACACUUUGCGAGUGCAUUGCUUCGUGGUGUUAAGGCAGACUGUGGCGUGGUUGGGGUGUUGCUGCCGGUGUCGAUGCUUAAUGUCGGUGGAUGCUGUUGGACGACACGGCGACUUCGUAAAUGUCAAGUGUAAUGCCACAAUCGCAAUCGCUUGCGCCUAUCGAGCAGCAGUAACGGCAGUAACGGCAACAACGUAAGCGAACGUCAGCGACAAACAAACAGUUGGCGGCGAGUGUGACUUGAGAGCGAACGAGUGCGCGGAAAACGGAAACGGAAAGAGCCAACGCAUUGGCGAAUAUACAUAUACAAUCGUACAUACUAAGUAAAGAGUGUGUGUGUGUGUGCGGCAUAUGUAACGCGGCUGCAAUUCAUUGCACCGAAUGAGGCAACCCUAUAAAAAAAAAAUCGCAAUCGAAUUGCAUUGAAAGGCGAGUGGUAAUUGUAAAUUUGCCGUUAUUUUAAAGGAGUUCGUCGAUUUAAUCAGUGCGCGAAUGACAAGCGAUGCGGAAAGUUCAAGUCGGCGAAAUCGGUAAAUAUUUGUGAAUGUGCAGUGAACUGAGCAACAUACAUACAGACAAACCUACAUAUGCUGCUUAUUUACAGGCUUUGCGCGCUGGAAAAGAUGAAAUAUGUGUAAAUGAUGCGAAAGAGAACAACAGAAUUUCAGUAAAGCAGUGCCAAAAUGCAGAUUUAUCUAUGUAAAAAGGGGCCAAAUUUGGAUAAGCAAAAAUAAUCAAAACUCAAAAUCAAAUAUAAUUAAAGAAUCUGAGUGCGUACAGUGGUGUGCAAAACCGAAAGUGCAAAAUGGAAAAUUUAUUUCAGCUAACAAAAUAAAUAAAAUUAUAUUGACAGAAAGUAAAAAAUUGCGCAUAAAUCAAAAAUUUCACUUGUCAAGGCAUAUCCGGAAAUAACAGUAAGUGUCAAGCAGGGAUACAGUGUCGGUGAAAAUUAAUUUACAAAUAAUUUGGGAAUUUUAAUAAAAGUGUUGUGAAGAAAUACAAAAAUCAAAAUAAAAAGAAAUCAUAAAACACUCUAAAAGAAAUAAUAGUUCAAACUAGUCGCCAAUUUGGUGAUCUUAAUCAAAAAUAGAAAUUCUGAAGAAUUGAUAGUUCAAAUAAGCGAAAGAAAGCGGAAAAUAUCAGAGCAACCAGAGUAAAGGCAGAUAAACAAAAUAAUAAUAACAAAUCCUAAGACAACGCGCGAAGGCAAGCAAAACAAAAGCCAUGAGGACAAGUUGCCAUAUUCUUGUGCUUUUGCUUCUGGCACAUCUCGAUGCCACGUUGGCCGAGGUCUUCGACACACAUCUGCGCGGUCCCGGUUUCGUGAUGGAGCCGCCCGGUCGCGUUGAGUUCUCCAACUCGUCUGGCGGUUGGCUCGACUGUUCGGCGUCCGGCAGCCCACAGCCCACCAUCGACUGGGUGCAUGCGGACGGCUCUGCAGUCUCGGAAAUCCAUGGCGUGCGACGCGUUCUGCGCAACGGCACAUUGGUGCUCUUGCCAUUUCCGGCGGCGGCUUAUCACCAGGACGUGCACAACACGAUUUAUCGCUGCAUCGCCAGCAACAGUGUGGGCCGCAUUGUGUCGCGCGACGUGCAAGUGCGUGCCGUUGUUGCGCAGGCAUACAAAGUGGAUGUCGAGGUGCUGUCUGCCGCCCGAGGAUGCACCGCCAUACUGCGCUGUGUCGUGCCGACGUUCGUUAAGGAAUUGGUGCGAGUGGUCUCGUGGGUUCAUGAACCUGCUAUCUACAUCUACCCAUCGCUACAAGGAGAUGGCAAGUUCCACCUGCUGCCGACCGGAGAGCUGCUGAUCCACAAUCUGCAGGAGAGCGACGAAUCGCAGUCGUUUCGCUGCCGCAGCAUGCACCGUUUGACGCGUCAAGUAGUCGUCAGCUCCCCCACCCGCCUCAGGAUAAACUCUCAUCGUGGCAUUAUCUCACCGAGUGUCGUCGAACAUACUUCCCAUGUGCAGGUCUCACAAGAUGAGGGCGCUGUACUGUUGUGCGUAGCUCAGGGUUGUCCAUCGCCGGAGUACAACUGGUAUACCCACAAUGGUCCCGGUCCACUGCCUGUGCUCAGCGGGCCACGCGUACGUCUGCUCGGUCCAAUACUCGCCAUAGAAGCGGUGACGAGCGAGGAUUCGGGUGUCUACAAGUGCACCGCCAGCAAUGUGGGUGGCGAGGCGAGCGCCGAGUUGCGGCUCACUGUUGCCACGCCCAUACAAGUGGAGAUCUCGCCGAACAUACUGAGCGUCCAUAUGGGCGGCAAUGCGGAGUUCCGCUGCAUUGUGACCAGCAACGGCAGUCCGGUAGGCAUGCAGAACAUCCUCUGGUACAAAGACGGACGACAAUUGCCCUCAUCGGGCCGCAUCGAGGACACGCUGAUGGUGACGAGAGUGAGCCGCGAAAAUCGCGGCAUGUACCAGUGUGUGGUGCGGCGACCCGAAGGCGACACUUUCCAGGCGACAGCUGAGUUGCAACUUGGAGAUGCGCCGCCAGUGCUGCUUUACAGCUUCAUCGAACAAACGCUGCAGCCGGGACCGGCUGUGAGCUUGAAGUGCUCGGCAGCCGGAAAUCCAACACCGCAAAUUUCAUGGACACUGGACGGAUUUCCACUCCCAUCAAACGGAAGAUUUAUGAUUGGGCAAUACAUCACUGUCCAUGGCGAUGUAAUUAGUCACGUCAACAUUAGCCAUGUCAUGGUGGAGGACGGAGGCGAGUACUCCUGCAUCGCGGAGAACCGUGCGGGGAAGGUGCAGCAUGCGGCGCGUUUAAAUAUUUACGGUCUUCCCUAUAUACGCCUCAUACCGAAAGUUACUGCCGUGUCGGGUGAAACCCUAAACUUGAAGUGUCCCGUCGCUGGCUAUCCUAUCGAAGAGAUACAUUGGGAGCGCAACGGCCGCGAACUGCCCGACGAUAUCCGACAACGCGUUCAACCGGACGGCUCGCUGACCAUUACACCGGUGCAGAAGAACACCGACUCGGGCGUGUACACAUGCUGGGCGCGCAACAAGCAGGGCCACAGUGCGCGGCGCAGUGGCGAAGUCACAGUCAUAGUUCCACCUAAAUUGAGCCCCUUCCAGACGUCGAUUAUGCAGCUGAAUAUGGGCGAUCGGGCAUCGCUCACCUGUUCGGUGGUGAAAGGUGACCUGCCGCUGACCAUCUCCUGGCGCAAGGACAACAGACCGAUCGAUCCGAUACAACACAUGUCCGUGAAGCAAGUGGACCAAUACAACAGCAUCUUGGUCAUAGAAACCCUGGGAUCCGACCACACCGGCAACUACUCGUGCGUCGUGCGAAAUUCAGCAGCGGAGGUAGAGAACUCUCAAGCGUUGCUGGUCAAUGUGCCGCCGCGUUGGAUUGUUGAGCCGGCCGACGCAAAUGUGGAACGCAACCGCCAUAUCAUGUUGCAUUGCCAGGCGCAGGGCGUGCCGACGCCCAGCAUUGUGUGGAAGAAGGCUACAGGCAGCAAAUCGGGAGAGUAUGAGGAGGUGCGUGAGCGACCUUUCACCAAAUUGUUGAGCAAUGGCUCGUUGCUGCUGCAGCACGUCAAGGAGGAUCGCGAGGGAUUCUAUCUCUGUCAAGCGAAUAACGGUAUUGGAACCGGCAUCGGAAAGGUUAUACAAUUGAAAGUGAACUCCUCGCCGUACUUUUCAUCCACUUCACGCUCGGUAACGGUGAAAAAAGGUGAUACAGCACUUCUGCAAUGCUCCGUCAGCGGUGACAAACCGAUUAAUAUCGUUUGGAUGCGUUCGGGCAAAAACACACUGAAUCCAUCAACAAAUUACAAAAUUUCGGUGAAGCAGGAGGCCACGCCCGACGGUGUUUCUGCCGAGCUGCAGAUACGGAUGGUGGAUGCCAGCGAUAGUGGACCAUAUUUUUGUCGCGCCAGCAAUCUGUAUGGCAAUGAUCAGCAGCUGGUGCAACUACAAGUGCAAGAGCCGCCACAACCACCCACUGUUUUGGAGGCGGCUAUGAUUUCCAGUCGUUCGGUGAAUUUGAAGUGGCAACCGAAAACAGUGAACACAGCGGAUAUCUCCAAAUAUAUUGUGGAAUUUAAGGAAAUGGACCCGCUCUUCAUUGAGCAAUGGCAGCAUGUCGAGGUGAAAGAUCCACCUACUUACACAGCCUUAAUUGAAAAUCUAAAGCCCGCAACCCGUUACUCCUUUCGAGUGAUAGCCGAGGGAACUGCCGGUCGCAGUGCUCCCAGCCAAGAAUUAGUGGUGCGCACGGAGCCGCAGCGCCCCGCUGGACCACCGCUUAAUCUCUCCGUUCGCCCGUUGUCUUCCACAGAGUUGCUUGUCAGUUGGUUGGCGCCGUUGGUAGAAUUACGUCAUGGCGACAUACAAGGCUAUAAUGUCGGCUACAAAUUGGCCAGCUCGGGCAACUCUGCGUACAAUUUCACUUCUGUAUCCGGUGAUGGUGAUGGCGGCACCGGUGAACUCUUGCUAAGCAGUCUACAGAAAUUCGCGCGCUACAACGUGGUUGUGCAGGCCUUCAAUCAGGUGGGGCCCGGACCGCUUUCCGAGCCGGUGUCGGCGCAAACCAUGGAGGAUGUGCCAAGUCGACCGCCUGAGGAUAUCCGUUGCGCAGCGUUGACCUCACAAUCGCUGCAAGUUUCCUGGCAGCCGCCACCAAUAUAUCACACCAAUGGUCUAUUACAGGGUUAUAAACUCAUUUUCGAACCCAUUCUAGAUGACUUCUCACUCAACAAGGACGAAGUUGAGUCACGUAAGACAACCGCGCUGACUACGGUGCUGACGGGAUUACGCAAAUACGCCAACUACAGCAUUCAAGUGUUGGCGCACACACGCAUGGGUGAUGGUGCACUCUCCAACCCAUUGUACUGUCACACCGAGGAGGAUGCACCCGAAGCGCCCGCAGACAUCAAGGUGGUCGUUAGCACACCACAAUCUCUGUAUGUGUCGUGGCUGCCACCUGCAGAACCGAAUGGGGUCAUCACAAAAUUCAACCUUUAUAUGCGUGUGGUAAAUGGCCGAGAGGAAUUGAACAACGAAAAGCGAAGUCUACCAUCGCAGCAAGUGCAUUACGAAGCGAAGAAUCUGCACCCGCACAUCGAGUAUCAGUUUUGGGUGACCGCAUCCACGCGUGUAGGAGAAGGCAAGAGUUCACGUGUUGCAUCGCAAAUCACAACCAAUCGUGUGCCUGCACGCAUCGUCUCAUUCGGCGGCCCGAUAGUGCGACCAUGGCGUUCGACGGUCACGUUGCCUUGCACGGCAGUUGGCAAGCCGAAGCGCGAAUGGUACAAGUCGGACACACCACUGCGGCAAGGUGGUCUGCACAAUUCGCAGUUACUUGAUUCGGGCGACCUGAUCAUGUCGAGUUUACAAAUUUCGGAUAGUGGUAACUACAGUUGCCAAGUGGACAAUGGUAUCGGCACAGACCGUCUCACGCACGUGCUGCUUGUGCAGGUGCCACCGUCGGCGCCGGUGCUCUAUGUGACCAGCGCAACCUCCAGCAGUAUUCUGAUGCAUUGGAAGUGUGGAUUUACGGGUAAUGCGCCCAUCACUGGCUACACUCUCUUCUAUCGCCGCGCCAACAGUAAUAUGGAUGAGAUGCUUCUGUCACGUCACGCAUCAAGCCACGAGCUAAAGGGGUUGGUUUGUGGCAGCACUUAUCAAAUUCAUUUGACUGCUCACAACAAAGUGGGCACCUCGCCGGCCAGUAUAACUUUACACGUGCGCACGCAGGGCCAGUCACCUGGCAUGCCGUCGACAACUAGCCUGAUUGCGCCCAACUCCACUUCGGUAUUGGUGCGGUUGCACACUUGGCCAGACAAUGGCUGCCCGAUUCUCUACUUUGUCCUACAAUAUCGCCCGGUUACCGAUGAAACUGAGCGCGACUGGAUACUGGUAUCGAACGCGUUGAAACCGCAACGUCGUUUCACCAUUUCCGGUCUGCAGCCAUCGACUCUCUACCAGUUGCGGAUGGAGGCGCACAAUGUGGCCGGCGUAUCACAGGCCGAGUUCACGUUCGUCACUCUCACCAAGGACGGGGAGCAGCCGCCGCCGGAGAUUGUGCAGCGCGGCCAGCGCGGCUCGAACGUUUUCUAUGGCAACGUGAACCUAUUGAUACCGAGUAUCGCCACGCUGUCUGGCAUGAUUUGCACAAUUGCGCUGGUCGUCAUGUGCUAUCGCCACAAACAAGGAAACCGAAUACAAAAGGAAUCACUGGAAAAUCGACAGAACUCAGAGGCGGCGCAGCGGGAGCGCUAUUAUGCCACCAUUCAUAAAGUGUCGAUGCAGAAUAACGACAAAAUACCCGAGACGUCCGAGGACAUUUCGCCGUACGCCACAUUUCAAUUAUCCGAGACGGGCAACAUGUCACAGCCACAUCACGCCGGCCCGGCCAACACGCUUCUGCAUUCCUUUAUGUAUCACGAGCGAGCUUUGACUGAGGGCUGCUCGUCACCACCACCCGCAGCGGUAUUAAAACCAACCCAACACCAAAACAACCACCAUCACCUCAACUAUCAUUACAACCACAGUCAACGUCCAACAAAGACAAACUAUAAUCAUUAUCAGACCUCGCCAUUUCAUAAUAUCUCUUCGAAGAAUCGCCGACGCCAUUCGCGCAAGACGGAGCCGGAGAGCGAAGAGUCCGAAUCGGACCAGGACCAAUUGACUUCAAGCCGCACAGAGUCUUCCAAUCAGCACGAGGGAAAAAUCAAACACAGUAUCAUCUACCAUGGAGCACAAUCAAGCACAUCCUCAGAUCUCUCACCAAUGUCCGAACAAAAGUCAUUGCCACGCCGCGGUCGCUCAAGAGCCGGAGGCAUACGCACACUGCAUCCAUUGCAGCUGCAGGCCGAAUGCACCGUAAUGCCCACCAGCGGCGGCUUCCAUCAGCUGCCCGUCGAGACCGAACGCAUCGAGCUGUCCGAGGUGGAGUGCGAUGUGGACACUCUGAAGAAACUAAAAUUGGGAAUGCGCUCGACACUGUGGUCGAGGCCAUCGUCGACCACUUCACAGCUGCAGCAAAAACAACAGCAACAGCAACAACAACAGCAGGAGACGCGCUGCGUGCAACAACCGCAACAACCAAAAGCCCAACAACACGCACAACCAGCACAGCAGCAGCAACAACAACAGCCGCGGCAACAACACUCGCCGGCACCGGCACAACAAAAAUUGCUGACUGAGAAGUCAGAUUACUCGAUAUCCGUGUGAGAUUAGAAGUUGCAGCAGUUUUAAGGUUUGACACACGAAGCUGCCCCAUUAACGGUAAAUGAGUUAAUUCACUGGUAAUAUGUGUCAAAUAUCGGUGUUUAGUGAAUUUCCGUUGCCACGCUCUUAUUCUUGGAAUCGUGGGGACUCCAACGAGGUACACCUUACCUGUAGUGUAUGAGAAUGUUGAUGUUGUUGUUUUACAUAAUGCAUAGAUAUGUGAUCCCUAACGAACCUCCACGCGUUAAGAGAACCCCAUUUCUAUCAAUCACCUUGACUCCCACGAAAUUGCCAUCCCCUCUAUAUUUCACUCUGGAAACUCAACUUCACACCCCCCCAUGGAAUACAGAUGAAUUUAAACUUUCGGACAAUCAAUCAAAAUUUCUACAAGACUUAAAGUAAUAUACACACCCCCCACACACAUCUAAACUUAAACACUGAACCCUGAACAUUUUUGGUGAUGCCGCAUGUAAAUUUCAUUCCCCAACCCAUGAAUGCUUAACCGAACUCUCAACCACGCCCUCCCAACCACCACCUACCCAGCGUUUAGUUACACUUAUGUGUGUGUUCAAAUAAUAACGGUAGUCAGUAAGAACAAGGUCAACCUAACCUAAGGUUGUAUGUGCAAGGUUUUAUAUGAAUGAAUACACUUCUGUGUGUCUUCCAAAGCACAGUUAAAGGUAAGUUGUCAUAACUGUUUAGAAAUAAGGAAGGCUAAUAAAGAGAACCGAUUGUGGAGCGAAAGAAUAGCACUCCGGUUUCUAUUAAACAUCCGUUUCUUGUUGUAAACCAGGUUGAUUGUAUAUAUGUAUGUAAGUUAAGGUUUGUACUCAUGUAAUUUAGUGAUGCCUGCGAAGAGUUGGCCUCAAGAUUUCAGCGUAUUUGUAGCAUUCGGGUUCACAAGGUCAUCGGAGCAAACUCAUUUGUGUGGCUUUCUAGGCUGACUUCCCAGUCCGUCAGUAGGUAUACACUAGAGAUCGCUUGCUUUGCCAAAUAUUGAGAACGUUCGAUCUCUUGAAGCCAACGGCUCGGCAUCACUUACCUACAUAUGAAUUUGUCAGAUUAUAUGCUUUUCGUGUUUAUUUGUAUUUAUGUAUAUUUGUAAAUGUGUAUAGAUUUAUAGGUUAGUGGAUUUUAAUAAGAGAAUACUUGUGAAUAUUGUUUGUAAUCAUUUUUAUACUGACUGAUGUUACAAAAAGUAAGUUAAUGACACACAAAUCGAUUAACUAAAUACGUAUGUGGAUAACACUUGAGUAGAGCAGUACUCUAGUAUUUAUAUAGCAUAAGUACUGCGAUAAUCGCUACUAUCUUACUACAGCAGACUACUAUUUACCGAGUAUCAAGUAAUACUUAAUACUCAUCUACUUUUACCAGUCGAAAUUAGGCAACAACUACUCAUAACGAUCGAAAUAAGUUUCAAUAUGAUAAUUUAUGGGAAUUUGGAAAACUACAAACUCCUCAUUUACAUAUAUUUUGUAUUUCUUUUGAUAGCAAAUACUGAUGGAAUAUGAAACCAUAUAUUUAGUGUGUACAAAAUCACUGUAGAUAAAUAUCAAACUAAACUAACUUAUGGUUAAUGGAAAACAGUUUUAAAAUUUUGAGCGUCAGCUGAAAAUGAGCCAAUGUAUUAACAGAGUUGCAUUUAUUUAUACAAGUAUUCACACAAGCAAUGUUUAUACUUAAAUAUUUGAUGAACCUCAAGUUUCGAAAUUAACAAAAAAAAGUAAUUUUUAUAGAGCAAAUCAAACACGUAUUAUGCUGGGGAAGUGCAGCAUUAAGCAAACUUAAAAGAUGAUACAAUUGAGAACGAUCACUCCGAACAAAAAAAUCAAAAAUUAAAAAUGAAAGGUAUAAACCAAAAAAAAAAAAUUAAGGAAAAAGAAGAACAAAACGAUUUCUUUGAGAAUUUUUAAUUUGUCGUAACUACAUUUCGGAAACCAUGUGCCAAAUUCAAGAUUUAUGAAACAAAAUACAAAUUUAACAAUUGAAGUAAAACAUAAGCAUACAUCUAAGCAUAGACUCUAGGUAGUGAAGCAUAAAUAACGAAAUACAAGGUAUCCAAAAUUAUUCGAAUAAAGUCUGUAGUUUUGUAAAAAUCUCUAUUUUUUAGACUAAACAAAAGAAAUGAAAAUAUUAACCCAAGUAUCAAAUAUCUAAUAAAAAUGUCAAAUUUGGAUAGUUCGAAUGAGCGUCCAAAAGUAGGCCGCAGUGGUACUUAUCCAGGAGUAUUGCAAUUAGCAUAGUCUAAUUUUCGGCAGAUAUACUUUUAGACUUUUACUUGGGUAAACUCAAUUGUACUCAAAUAACAACAAUAACAACGGCAAAUAAGUAAAUAAGCAACAAAGAGAAUUUGUGAGAAAACUAUUAUCAAUUAAACAUAAACAAAGUAGUAAAGUAUCUUUCGAAAUUCAGCUAAAUACGGUUACUCGUAGGUAUAUGUAUGUAUUUACAACAAUAUCGUCUGAUAUAGCAUAACAUAUAUAUGUAUGUGUAUAUAUUUAUUUCUGGAACUCUUAAUGUUUAGAUUUAAACAAUAGAACGAACUCACCUAAAGUCCAGGCGCUGGAUACAGUGUGUGCCAAAAAUAGCUCGAUACUUUCGAUCAGCUGUACGUAUACAAUACAUUGCCAAGACACAUAACUAAAUAACUAACUAACUAUACCGAAAUACCAAAUAAUCAGCAGACAGUUAAGCGAUUAACGAGCAGAGCAAACGUUUCGAAACUAUUUUCAGAAAUCUAAUUAUUUCAACUGCUUAAAUGUUGACAGAGAGGAAGUGCAUCAGUUAUUUGUUCCACAAGUUAAUCACAUCGAAUUGUACGAAUUUAGUAUAAUAAAUAAUGUAACGAAGGCGACAAAUUUGUACUGAGCAUAGAAACAAUCGAAAGGUUUUUAUAAUUUAGAACGAAAUCAUGCAAUUCCGAUUACCCUCAUACUGUUAUAUAAAUGUAAUCAUACCAAUGUAUGUAUAUAUGCAAAAUUACAAUUAGUCUGAAAUGAGAUUCGACAAAUACAAAAAAUUGGAAAUUCAAU